CUGUGAAAGCGUCCAUUUUGACCAAAGCCGCAAACGAAGCUUCUGGUUCAGCGCUGACCAAUUUCAAAUAAACGUAUUAAAUUGGUUAACUCGACCGGAAAACCAAUAAAAUCAUGGCUACAAUGAAGGAUAACCCCGAAAAACCAACGCAAGAUGCGUCCCCCAUCCAUCGUAUCAGAAUUACAUUAACAUCCCGCAAUGUACGCUCAUUAGAAAAGGUGUGUUAUGACCUUAUCAAUGGGGCGAAGAAGCAAAAGUUGCGCGUUAAGGGACCAAUUCGUAUGCCAACCAAAACGUUACGUAUCACCACACGUAAAACACCUUGUGGUGAAGGUUCUAAGACUUGGGACAGAUUCCAAAUGAGGAUUCACAAACGUGUUAUCGAUCUUCAUUCCCCAUCUGAAAUUGUUAAGCAAAUUACUUCUAUUUCUAUUGAACCUGGCGUAGAAGUUGAAGUAACCAUUGCAGACCCUUAAACUAUGUUGAUUAUUUUAAGGUUUAUAUGUUUUCUUAAUUAAAUAUUAAGAAGAAAAGUAAAA